AAAAGAAAAAAUCAAGAUAAUAAUAGCAUAUUUUCAAUAUUCAAACAAUUUUUUGACAUUGACUCCGAUAUUAAAGACAUAGUUUCAAAUGUAGAUGCUGAAAUUAAACAAAAAAUUAAAAUGAAAACUGACAGUCAAUUUAUUCAGGAUCUCCAUAGUUAUAAAUUUGUGAAUACUGAUGAGAUCACGGAAAAUCGUAUUACAUCUCGUUUUUUAAACGAAUAUCAAGAAUGGAGAAACAAUGUAUUCCAUUCACAAAUAAAAAAAAGCAUACCAAAAUAUUCGGAUCGUUCAAAAGAAAUUAAUUCAAGGCUUGAAGAUGAAAGCAAAAAAACUCAAGAACAAAUUACUGAUAGUGAAUUUCUCAGGAUUUGUGAAGAAAUUGAAAAAAAACAUUCUGAAGGGCCUAUACUUAAAAUCGAAAAAGUUCAAAAUAGUAGUAAUCAUCGAGGUUACUUCAUUAUUUAUCAUUUAGAAGAAAUUCAGCCCGAGCAACUACAAUACACAAUCUAUAAUACAAGCCUCGAUCAGAAUGAUAUUUUGAGUUUGAGACAAGAUGAAUUACAUGUCCCUAAUCCAACAAUCGAGUUGUACCAUCAAAAUAACUGUUUUUCCUUUUUAAUCGAUCCGCAAACCUAUGAACUAAGAAAAGUGGCAUUAUUUGAAAACAAUAAAUGCUUUAUUGCUCUAUGGAAUAUUAAUCAAAAUCGGCUUGAAAUUUAUUAUGAAACAUUGAGAAGAACGUCAGUGCAAUUGGAAGGAAAUUAUCGAAAACCUAAGACUUUGCAUCCAGAAGAGCAAUGUCUUAUUGCUGUAAACGAGCCAAAAGGGAUGUUUGGCAUAUAUCAAACUAAAAGGGGAGUGUUAGACGUUUACGUCAUUGAUGAAAGUCAAACAUUUUAUAUACGGGCGGGAGGUGUUCAAAUUUGUGCAUGGUAUGGUAAUAACAUACCUGAUAUCAAAUUUUUAUUUUUUAUAAAAGACAAAGAAGAAAUUUGUUUUGUACAAACAAAUGGCCAGGCAAGAAUAUUUAACUUGGUCACAAACCAGUUUUUGCCGGGAACUGCUCAUUUUCCGAUAAAUGCCAGAGAUAUUGUUUGUACUCCAGAUGGCUCUUGUAUUGUAGCAUUAGUUGAAGAAAAUAUAUCAAAUACAUCAGACGAAAAUGUAUUAGGUGAAGAUAUGUCGCACGAGCCUAAUGAACAGGAUAAUGAAUCUGAAAUAUCCACUAGCGAUACAGCUUCAAACAGUGAUACAGAAAAUUCUACUGAUGAGUCUACUGGUACACAUGAAUCGGUAGUAAAACGUGCAUAUAUUUAUUUUUGCUCAGGUUUUGGAAGACCAGCUAGUAAAGUAAUUCAGUUGCCUUCAAUUAUAUCAACCUUGGAAUUUAUUCAAUUUUCAUGUAUGGAAAAUCAAGUUCAUCUUACGACGUUUGAUAUAAAUGCAGGAAUAUUUCAUUCACUUAUUAUUAGGAUUACUCAUGAGAAAACCCAAUACAGUUUCCAACAAAAAUUUAAUAAGCGAUCGCUUGGAAAGGUUAGAGCAGUAAAGAAUUCGUCCCAAAAUAUGGAACUGGAAGGCAAAGAUACUUCAUUUAUACGUGAUAUCAAAAAAGGAGAAAAUCUAGUUAUUAUGGGUGAAAAACGAGUUGUUUUAAAAAUAUAUUCAGAUACGAAAUUAAAAGUCUCCGGAUCUUUUCAGUGUAUGAUUGGUAUUGAUUCUUGGAUGGAAUUUCGCAUUGAACCUAAGACCAAGCUUAACGGAUUCGUAGAUGCAUAUAAAUUAAUGUUUGAAAAAUAUCCUAUUGAUAACAUUAUUGAUUCAGAUCAAAAUCACACAUUAAAUUUACGAAUAGCAUUAGACUUAAGAGAUGUUGAAAAGAUUUCAAAUUAUGAAAAUAAAUUCCAAGAAUAUGUAACAGAUAUGUUCGAUGAUUUAAAAAGAUCAACGAAUAAACCUGCAACUUCUAUAAAGCGAUUUGGAUUAUCGUGUUUAUCCUUUUCAGAUUUUGAUCUAGAGGACUUGAUUGAUGAAUUAAAUGAUCUUAAAAAAAAUCAACUUGGUGAAUGGAUAAUCCAACUUUGUAUUUUGAUCCCGAUUCAAAUUGCUGUUGCACGAAACAAUAUAUUUCAGCCAGUUUCCGAUGGUUUAUCAUCGUUUGAUGCAGAAAUUGCUGAUUCGGGUGCAUUAAGCGUUGAUGGAAUUGCACAAAGCAUAAGUUUUGGAUGGUAUGAGGGGAUAUUCAAAUACUUUGGUGAUAGGCCAGUAAAAGUUGUUUCGAGUAUGGGUGAACAAUAUAUGCUAAAUCAUUUAAUUGGAACAACAUUUGAUGGCUCCGCAAUGCGCUGUACCGAAGGAGUAUGGAUGUCCUUAGCGAUUGCAAAAAAAUGUAUCUAUGUUGCAUUGGAUUUCGAGGGGCUCAAAUCCCUUGAACGAUCACCACAAGAAGUGAUAUCAAAUCUUAUUCUUUUUAAGAAUCAAUUCGCUGUCAAUAGAGAUAUGUCAACAAUGUUCCAAAGAUUCCAAGAUGGUGCUACAUUACUAAAUGAUGAAAAAAUAUUUCAAGCGAAACUGUGUAUCAUAAUUAAAGAUGUACCUAAACAAGAUCGUGAUGGGAUUGUAUCUGAAUUUUCUUUGAGGUUCAGGACAAUGGUCAUGCAGGAAGGCGAAAAUAACUUUAUAACCAAAAUGUAUCCGGGCGGUUUGAAUAUAAAUCCUUGGCCAAUGUUUAAUAAUCCUGAAUGGUUUAAGAGUUUAAGAGACAUCAAAAAGAUGUUAGAUAAACAAGAUGCAAAGUAUGAAAAUGCUCGAACAUUUUUGCAAAACACGAAAGUAUUUAUGGCUAAACUGAAAGUUUGUGAUUGGGGUUCUUUAGAUGAGAAUCUUGUGCAAAUCCGUGUGUCUACGUUGAAAAGAUUGCUUAAUAUUGCUAUGUCUCUUGGUAUCGAGGAAAAAAAUGCUACAAUAGAACACUUAAUG